CAGCCCUCAUAUCUCUCCUCAAGAAUGUUGUUCCCUCUGCUUGCUCUCGCCUCUCUCAGCCUCGUCUUUGCACUCGAUACCUCCUCCCACUGCGGCCAGUGGGACACAAUCGACACCGGGAUUCAAUACAGUAUCCUUCUAGACCAAUGGGGGGCGUCCGGUGCCAGUUCUGGUGUCUCUUGCGCUUCUAUCACCAGUGUCAGCGGUAGCAGCGUUGCUUGGGUGAAUAACUGGACUUGGACGGGCGGGACGGGAGUGAAGAGUUUCACGAAUGUUCAACUGAACGAUGGUAUCAACCAGCAGUUGAGUGCUAUUAGUAGUAUGCCGACAACCUGGACCUGGAGCCAAACCACCACCGGAACCAUAGUCGCGGAUGUGGCCUACGACAUGUUCACCUCCACCUCAUCCGGAGGUUCCGCUGCUAACGAAAUUAUGAUCUGGAUGGCCAAUAUCAAUGCCGGUCCUAUCUCCGCAAGCUACGGCUCGGACGGACAGCCUGUUCCAGUGGCGAGCAGUAUUUCUAUCGCCGGAAAUACCUGGAACUUGUAUCAAGGAUCGAAUGGGGCGAACAAUGUCUUCUCGUUCCUCCCCACCUCGGGGCAGAUUACGAGUUUCAGUGGUGACAUUAUGGACUUCUACGACUACCUCGUCUCAAACGAAGGGUUAUCGUCCUCUCAAUACCUCACAACAGCACAAGCAGGCACAGAAGCCACAUCUGGGACUGCCGUUCUGACCACGACAAGCUUCAGCCUCGCCAUAAACACCGGUAGCUCAUCCGGCGGUGCCACCUCUAGCACAUCCUCUACAAUCACCGCAACUACGUCGUCGAGCGCAAGUGGAGCAACGCAGAGCAAGUACGGCCAAUGUGGUGGGCAGGGAUGGACGGGACCUACGGCUUGUGCGUCGGGAUCGACGUGUACUGCGUCAAACGAGUACUAUAGUCAGUGUACUUAGUCGGUGCAAGAUGGGAUGUCAGGGCUAUCCAAAGGGAUGAGAACGAACGCUCACGGUAGGCUAAUCACGUCCGAUUGGUACUCUGCCGCUGGUUGAACUGGGCCAUCAAAAGACAUUUCUCUAAGGUAGCAAUGGACGUGACAUACGUACUGUCUAAAAUAAAUAUUAUCGUAGCGAUUGAAUGAU